CCGCUUCCAAGUUUGAUUUCAACACCGACGCGUUCUCGGGCCAUAGAAUCUUGCCACCGUUGCUCGCAAGCCCAGCCUCUGCGAUACGCUAAGACUUUCUCAAGCCCAAACAUCUUCGUCGCCACACAUUCUCGGCUCCAGACGAUCUCAUCAUGGCGCCCGCCGCUAAGACUGGAGGGAAAGCGCAUGCAGCAGGCGCUGCUGCUCCAACCGGAACCAAUGGGCAGACGCGUGUCAUGCAAACGAGGAGCCAAAAGUCUGGUCUACAGUUUCCUGUAGGCCGUAUCCACCGAUACCUCAAAGCCCGGACCCAGCACAGCGUCCGCAUCGGUGCCAAAGCUGCCGUGUACACCACCGCGAUCCUGGAGUAUCUGACGGCUGAGGUACUGGAACUUGCCGGCAACGCGUCGAAAGAUCUGCGGGUCAAGCGCAUCACUCCUCGCCACCUUCAACUGGCGAUACGAGGAGACGAAGAACUGGACACACUUGUUCAAGCGACAAUCGCAGGCGGAGGUGUCCUUCCCUUCAUUCAUAGGAGCUUGACAUUGCCAAAGAAUCAGAAGAAAAACGAAGUGCCACCUACCCCUUGAGCCUGCUACCUUUCUGUACUAUUUUCCUUAUACUCACCUCUCGAGCGGGCAGUAUUGUCCUCUAUUAUCUUUACUUUCUUGUCUGUAGUAUAACUAUUAUGCGCGUGUAUUCUCCAGCGUCAUAUGUACAUAGUCUUUGACUCUGAUUUCACAGCCUUGCAUGAGUAGUUCUCCAGUGUCUCAGACAUCGUCAUAGGGUUUGUUUACAUUGUAUUGCAGCUCUCCGUGGCCGCACAGGAGAAGGAACGGCCACAGGACAUAAUUGGUACAUGUAUGUAUAGAAUAUAAGAAACUGGUGAAAGAGACACACCACAGCGAAAUAUUAUGCGUAACCAGACGGGACAAGGUUCGUGCGAAGGCCUGCAGAACUCCUGAGUCUGUGCAUAAGCAAAGCAGAUCAUGGAACACGAUAUCUGGCCAAAGAAGAUAAACGUCACAGUGGGACAUUUUCGUUUGAAACGUCCAGGCGUUUGGUACCCAGCGCACGAGUGAGCCGGGUCACCUUUGUGGGUCGCUUCCUCCAGCGGCGCCGCUUCGUUGUUGAGGGCCGACCAGACAACUGCUCCAUAGCCUCGGGCGUGAUCUCGUCAGCAUCCAGGCAUCCCAGAGCUGUUAGCCAGGACAGACCUGAAUCCUCGUCUUGUUCCAAUCGGGGCUGUGCUUGCGCCUGCCUGACAGCAAGCGCACGGCGGGACCGCGUCCUACGCGAUGGCCGCCGUCGAUGGGCCUUACGGGGAGGAGCUUGUGGUGAAGAACCUGGAUUAGAAGCGCCAUGAAUGAGGCUAGCCAUGGCGUCGGGGGUGAUGUCGUCGGCAUCCAUGAGGGCCAGAGCGGGGAGCCACGUCUGACCUGAAGGAUGUUCAGUAUGGUGGGACGGUGAUGAAGACAGCUGAUGAGCCAUGCGCAAUUUCGUCGAGUGGGGUGGUGGUGGUGGGCCGUCGACCAAAUUGGCCAUGGUGUCUACAGUGAUAUCGUCUGCAUCUAAAAGAGCUAGGCCUCCUAACCAGGGCUCGAUGGAUGAGUCUUCCGAUGCAGGGGCAGAUAUGUGGAGGUGGGUCGGAUAUUUCGAGGAGGAUAUAUGGGAGGGCUCAUGCACGAGUUGAGCCAUGCUGUCUGGAGUAAUGUCUUGCGUUUCGAGAAGACUAAGUCCCAUCAGGAAUGACGAGUUCAAGGGUAUUUGGGGUUGUGCUUGGGAUGAUGCACUGGGAGCGAGGCGCGAUCGCAAUUUGUGUAACCGGGCCGCCUGCGAGGAAGGGAAGAGACCAUUCCCAUGUUUUGCUUUGUGAGAGCGGCGUCGGUGAGAUCGAGAUGCACGAGAAUUGGAUUUGGAUGUUGCCGGAGUCAUGGUGUCGUUGUGGUGGGGGAGGAAAAG